AUUUUUCGGAGGGGAUCGCAGAUCUUUCGUCCAUUCACGGUAGUACGUGUCGAUAAAGAUGGCGGCGAUGGCGGCGAAGCUUCAAUUAUCGGCGAAAUCGGAUCAAAGCAGUGUACGAUUACCGAGAGUGAUCAAUCUCUCACGCGAUCCAACGACUAGAAUCUCGUUUCCGCGAAAUGGAUCAGUUUGUUCCCUCCACACCAAUUUCUCUUCUCCACAUCUCCCAAAACCUUGCGCCGGAGGUGGUGGUGGUGGAAGCAUCGGUAAUCACGGCGGUGGAAGCGGAGGAGGGGGAGGUGGUGGUUUUGGAGGUUCAGGCGGUGAAGCCGGUGAAGAAUCAUCUCCAUGGGGACCAAUAGGGUUAUUCAUCCAAGGAUGGAGAUCACGAGUUGCAGCUGAUCCUCAAUUCCCUUUUAAGGUACUAAUGGAAGAGAUUGUAGGACUUAGCGCUUGUGUUCUCGGUGACAUGGCUUCACGCCCGAAUUUCGGAUUGAACGAGCUCGAUUUCGUCUUCUCCACACUCGUUGUAGGUUCGAUUCUCAAUUUUGUACUCAUGUACAUGUUAGCUCCUACUGCAGCAACUCUUGGCACCUCUCAGACGUUGCCUGGAAUCUUUAGAAACUGUCCAUCAAGCCAUAUGUUUGAACAGGGUAGCUUCACGGUUAUGAAUCGUUUUGGGACUCUUGUGUACAAAGGAAUGGUUUUUGCCAGUGUAGGAUUAGCUGCAGGUCUUGUAGGUACUGCCAUCUCUAAUGGGUUGAUCAUGCUGAGGAAGAAGAUGGACCCGGACUUUGAAACGCCAAACAAACCGCCACCGACUGUGCUUAAUUCCUUAACUUGGGCUACGCAUAUGGGAGUGAGCGCGAAUGUGAGGUACCAAACGUUGAAUGGGAUUGAGUUCUUGCUGGCAAAGGUGUUACCGCCUUUGGUGUUUAAGACCGGUGUAGUAGUUUUGAGGUGUGCGAAUAAUGUUGCGGGAGGAAUGUCGUUUGUUAUGUUGGCGAGGCUGACAGGAUCACAGUCGGUUGAGGAGAAGACAGAGAUGUCAGAGAUUUCAGAGAAAGAGAAGGAUGAUUGAAUCUCAUCUUAGUCUUUCAAGGUUUUUGUUCCCGUGUGCUUUCGCCAGUUCAUAGGCUUCUUGAGUUGAAACCAUUUGUGUUGGAAUAAAUAAGAUGAAUCCCUUCUUAGGUCGAUCCUAAUAUUUGGAUGUCAUUGUUAGGCCAAGUUUUACUGUUUCCUUUUUCUACUAUGAAUAUAAACUCAAUAAAAAGGUUAUAAAAUACAAAUAAAGACUUCAUUCUGUU